UCCCCUCCCAUCCCUUCCCCUCUAAAAAUUUUUGAACCAAACAUACAAAAUUUUAUAAUUCCCUUCCCUCCCCUUUCUUCCUAAACCCUCAAACCAAACAGGGGCCAGGGGACAUACCGGAGGAUCUGUGUUCCGCUACCUAACGCUGCCGGAGAUAUGCAAUUGGCGCAGCGCAUUCCACGGCACCGCUUCGUCGGAUGCGGUUUGGGAAUCCAAGCUUCCAUGUGAUUACCACCAACCAGCUGCUCGAUUUCCUCUGUUUCUGUGUCUUGUUCUCUGUGCAGUGAAACAAUGGACCGCGACAUUUUAGAUGUACCCAAAGGAGAGAAUUGUCCACAGAGGAUUGUGACAUGUGAAUAUUGCGAGUUUCCUCUGCCUGCUAUUGAUUUAUUGGAGCACCAGGAAGUAUGUUGGAACCGAACAGAAUUAUGUCAUAUGUGCCAUAAAUACGUGAGAUUUCGAGAGUGUUAUGGUCAUGAAAGCAGAUGCAGUAGUGUUGUUAACGACGUUGCUGAAUCUUCAAGGAUUGAAGGAACAAGUGUGAAAGUAAUUGUUGAAAAUGAGGAGCAAGUAGAACUUUCAUUCACAAGAACAUGGGAUCCUUCACCUGAAGGAAAGCAAUCUCCUUUGCGAAUAGACAGAAGGUUUGUGAUGCUUCAUGGCUCCCCAGGAUUCUACUCUUACGCUAUUUUCGAGCAUUUGGAAGACUUCCCUGGUUUCAACCUUAGCACCACCCGAAUCGCGUGCAUGCUCAAUAAAGACCUGUUACAUUACAUGGCAAUAUCAGAUAACAGGCAAAGAUACAUGCCCAGGCCGGAAGAUCGACUGCCUCCUAGAGGUCAAGAACUGGAGUACCCUGAAGCCGUGCUUCUUGUUGAUCCUGUCGACCUGGAAUUUAAAGGAGAAGUGGAUGACAAAUACCAUUACUCAAUUGAGAACAAAGAUAAUAAGGUGCAUGGGUGGAUAAGCUCUGAUCCACCGGUGGGGUUCUGGCAAAUUGCGCCGAGCAAUGAAUAUCGAAAUGGAGGACCUUUGAAACAAGACUUGACCUCUCAUGUGAACCCGACCACCCUUGCGAUAUUUGUCACAUAUCAUUAUGCAGGAGAGGAUCUUCUACUCAAAUUUCAACCUGGCGAAAUAUGGAAGAAAGUGUUCGGACCAGUUUUUAUCCAUCUCAAUUCUGUUCCGGACCGAACAAAUAUUAUGAAUGUUCUUCAAAAGGGCAGUAAUAGUUGAAGAGGUUCACCAUGAAGACAAUGGAACUAAGAAGGAAAAUCGAGAUAUGACAGUCUGGUUCCCCUGGAGUUCGGAAAUCUCACUCUGGUUCGCGCCAAUCCCUUCACGGAAAUUCUUACCCGGGCGCCCGUGAUGGCGUAAGCACGUCGCAAGUCAGUUAUCAUACCGGUUAUUGCAUUUUGCACCAAUAAUUCACCAAAAGCAAAAAAGAAUAGACAAAUAGGCAAAAGAAAUAAAAUUCUUGUGUGGAGAUUGCAUUUACAAUGGAAGAAGCGUGGGAUUAUACAAUUCUUGAUGAAGUAGGCUUAAUGUUCUAAUUCUAUUAGGGGCAGCUUACAUUAAUCAGGUGAGCAUAUCAACGAGGCAUUUGGUGAAGGAUGUCCAAGCCAGCAACAUACUUCUUGAUGAUAAAUAUGAAGUUAAACUGGGAAGCCUCAGUGAGGUUUGUCCUCAAGAAUGUAAAACUCAUCAAAGGAGGAUCUCAAAGUUGCUCCGUUUUGCCAGAGGUAUAUGUGAAAGCAUUGGGAAAAGGGUUAUUGUUGCACCAUUGCACCAUAUCGGCGGAUUUUAAGGAAAAGACUUCAGCAUAUCGGUGGAUUCAAAUUUUAAGUCACUUCCACGUUGUCCGGUGCGUGCACUGUCACCUCGUACACGGCAUUCGCCUCCUUCCCGACAUUUCUUACGCUUCGUUUAUACUUCACAACGCUUUUAAAGCCGGAGAAGGCAACCGAGAGCGACGGGUAGUUCAAAUCCCCCGGAGUUUUCAGCCCGACUGCGUUGCAAUCCACGAUCGACGAAUCUUUCGUGAAUGCCGUAAUUUGCCACACAUUGUACCCGAUGCUGCACAAAAACGCGACGUAGUUUUGGGUAUCGAUGUCGUAGAUCAGGCCGGGAUCCGUUGCUCGGUUUGGAUCGAUGUGGCCCGAGGAUGGAUUGGACACGUCCCCGGUGGCGAGGUCUGUUAAAUUAUUCCCGUUGUUGUCAACGUUGUACGCGUGGUCAUCAAUGCUGAUUUGAUCGCCGCCAGCGACCACUCAGGGUGGGCCUGUUUCAGCAGCGUCGCCAAGCCGCUGACGUGAGGGCACGACAUCGACCUGCCGGAGAUGAUGUUGAAUUCGACCUCGCGAUUACUGCUGUUGAGAGACGUUGGCCAGACGUAGCCGGUCCAGCUAGCGAGAAUGUUGACUCCGGGCGCAUUCACGUCCGGCUUGAGAAUCUCGGAGGUUCGAUAGCUCGGACCGCGGCUGGAGAACGAGACCAUGCGCGGCGACGACGGAGAUUUGCUUACAACGGUUUCCCGCGACCUGAUAGUCGCGAUGGGAUUCGGAGUUGCGCGGACAUAAGCUAGGAUUUUGUCGGCGCCGAUUUCUCCAACCAUUGUCGAGGGAAUGAAGUGCGCAUCGGCGAGGAGUUCCUCGCCGGAAUCAGCUAAAUUUUAUUAAUAAUAUCAAAAAAAAUACAAAAAAUAAAAUAUAUUUACAAAAGCGUCAUAUUGCAAACAAAGUGAAAAAUAUUCUAAUAUGAAACAAUCGAAACUCUAACAAAUAAUAAAUUGAGUAGACUCAUGUGUACCAAAAAAACAUUCUUAGUUUUUUUCUUUUUUAAUCAUUUUUAUUAGUUUAUUACAAAUAUUUGUAUUGUCGGCUGCCUGCACCGAGAGUUUUAUUUAGAGAGAGAUAAAAAAAUAUCUAUGUAGUUGUUUGACUUUGACUAUAUAGUUUGUAUCAGCAGAACUACGUAUGGCUUGAUCCCGUUUGGGUACGUAGGCAGCCCACUUUGGGUGCCGCUAUUGCUUAAACUUGAUAAACUUAGUAUUGCUUGGUUGGUGUUGAUGGAUUAAACUUGUUGACUUUGGCCUUUGAUACUUAGACUACUUAGGCUUGUGUGGUCUGUUUUGUUUGACUUUGACUAUAUAGUCUGUAUCAGCAGAACUACGGAUGGCUUGAUCCCGUUUGGGUAAGUAGGCAGCCCACUUUAGGUGCAACCAUUACUUAAACUUGAUAGACUUAGUAUUGCUUGGUUGGUGUUGAUGCAUUAAACUUGUUGACUUUGGCCUUUGAUACUUAGACUACCUAGGCUUGUGUGGUCUGUUUUGUUUGACUUUGACUAUAUAAUCUGUAUCAGCAGAACUACGUAUGGCUUGAUCCCGUUUGGGUACGUAGGCAGCCCACUUUGGGUGCAGCCAUUACUUAAACUUGAUAGACUUAGUAUUGCUUGGUUGGUGUUGAUGCAUUAAACUUGUUGACUUUGGCCUUUGAUACUUAGACUACCUAGGCUUGUGUGGUCUGUUUUGUUUGACUUUGACUAUAUAGUCUAUAUCAGCAGAACUACGUAUGGCUUGAUCCCGUUUGGGUACGUAGGCAGCCCACUUUGGGUGCAGCCAUUACUUAAACUUGAUAGACUUAGUAUUGCUUGGUUGGUGUUGAUGCAUUAAACUUGUUGACUUUGGCCAUUGAUACUUAGACUACCUAGGUUUGUGUGGUCUGUUUUGUUUGACUUUACCAAAAUAUAGUCUGUAUCAGAAAAACUUCGUAUGGCUUGAUCCCGUUUGGGUACGUAGGCAGCCCACUUUGGGUGCAGCCAUUACUUAAACUUGAUAGACUUAGUAUUGCUUGGUUGGUGUUGAUGCAUUAAACUUGUUGACUUUGGCCUUUGAUACUUAGACUACCUAGGCUUGUGUGGUCUAUUUUGUUUGACUUUGACUAUAUAGUCUGUAUGAGAAGAACUACGUAUGGCUUGAUCCCGUUUGGGUACGUAGGCAGCCCACUUUGGGUGCAGCCAUUACUUAAACUUGAUAGA